AUGAGGCUGCCCCAAAGGACUGCCAGCCAGCCAGUCAAGUCCAGGAUCGCUCGACUGCUCCAGUGCGCCGUGCUGCGAUAUGUCAUUUUCGUUGCGACGAAGCCCGAGCUCAGCUCCUCUCGUCCACUGCCAAAUGCAAUAAAUCACCACCCCGUACCACCCCGCUGGGACCCACCCAUGAAUCUGUGCGGGUGCACUCGCCAGCCCUGUUGCUUUUCUCCCCCGGUGUGCUCUCGCACUCGCAUCCGAGAGCUUUUGGAAGAGCAUGGCAGCUUCCCAUCUCCAAUCGACUGCUGGGCAGGCUCGCAACCGGGUGUACCCGUCCCAUUGAUCGCAGGGGCGGGGGCAGUGGGGGGUGCACGGAAGGCAAAUCCGCAAGAUCUUCGAGUGCUCGAUGCAGCGCUUAGCAUGCUUCGUGUUACACCGCCAGAUCCGGAUCGGACAUCCUCUGCCGGGGGUAUUGAGAGGGGGGUUCGGUGGAGCUCUGCGCGCGCGGAGCGGCCCAUGGCCCAUACCGAUCACAUUGGCUUUAUGGGCUGCAUAAGUCCCUUUGCUCUGCAGCUGCGGAGGGGCCAGUGGAUGCCAUCCACCCAGAUCGGUGCUGCCUCCAGCAGAGACGACAAGAAAGACAAGGGAAAUCCAGGCGAUCGGCGAUCGGCGGGGCUACCCUGA